GCCAUGUUGUCUUUGCCCUGCUGGCCGCCGCCGUGCGAUGUCAAGUCAACCCAGAAAUGUGUCGCUACCCUCUGGGCAUGACCGGCGGGCAGAUUCAGGAUGACGACAUCUCCGCCUCCAGUCAGUGGUCGGAGUCCACUGCCGCAAAAUUUGGGAGACUUGAUUUUGACAACGCGGACGGCGACGGCGCCUGGUGCCCCGACUUGUCGGAAUCGGACGGCCUGAAAGAAUAUCUGCAGGUGGACCUGCGCUCGCUCCAUUUCAUCACGCUGGUGGGGACUCAGGGGCGCCACGCCGACGGCGUGGGCAACGAAUUUGCCCAGCGGUACAGGAUCAAGUACAGCCGGGACGGCAGCAAUUGGGUGGGCUGGAGCGAUCGGAAGGGGCGGCAGGUGCUCGAGGGGAACAGGAACGCGUACGACGUGGUGCUGAAGGAUCUGGAGCCUCCCGUCAUCGCUCGAUAUGUUCGCUUCAUGCCCGUGACCGACCCCUCUUUGAUCGUCUGUAUGAGAGUUGAGCUCUACGGCUGCGAAUGGCUCGAUGGUCUGAUGUCUUAUAGCAUCCCAGAGGGGCACCGAAUGACCUACCGAGGCCUGGACGUCUCCUUCAACGACUCCGUGUACGACGGAGCCUCAGCUGAAAAACCGAGCAAGGGUCUGGGCCAGCUGACGGACGGAACUUGGGGUCUGGACGAUUUUCUCGACAGUCACGUCUACGGUAUGUGGCCGGGGUACGACUACGUGGGCUGGAGCAACAAGAGCGCCCCCAAAGCCUACGUGGAAAUGACCUUUGAGUUCGACCACGUCCGUAACUUCACCUCCAUGAAGGUUCACUGUAGUAAUAUGUUCAGUCGAGGGGUCCGGACGUUCAGACAGGCCACCUGCUUCUUCCGCUCGGGCUCCGACUGGGACUCUGACCCGGUGACCUUCAGGCCACCCGUCGAUCACGUGAGCCAAAGUGCCCGCUUCGUCACCGUGCCCCUCGGGGACCAGACUGCCGUCGCCAUCAAAUGUCGUUUCCACUUUGCUGACGUCUGGUUGCUCUUCAGUGAAAUCGCCUUCCAAUCAGGCUCAGCGGUGUACAACACAUCUUUGAUUCCUCGGAAACGUGGACACCCGACUAACACGCUGCCAGGGGACGAUCCAACUCACAAAGUGGACGACAGCAACACGAGGAUCCUGAUUGGCUGCCUGGUGGCUAUUAUCGCAAUCCUUUUGACCAUCAUCGUCAUCAUCUUGUGGCGGCAGGUGUGGCGAAAAAUGCUCGAGAAGGCAUCGCGGCGAAUUCUGGACGAGGAACUCACAGCGCGCCUUGCGGUUCAGACUCGGGCCUUUUCCUUCCACCACUCGUCCGUGUCGUCCUCUCUGUCCACCGCCAACUCCACCUACGAGAGGAUCUUCCCCCUUUGCGCCGACUACCAGGAGCCGUCCCGCCUCAUCCGGAGGCUGCCCGAGUUUGCGCAUCUCGCCGAACAACUGGGCGCGAGCAGCUCCUACCGGACUCUUGCAGCCGGCGGCGGUUCCGACGGCGUCCCCCACUACGCGGAGGCCGACAUCAUCAGCCUGCAGGAGUCAGAGGGCAGCGCGACUGGCAACCCGAGGCUCUUCGCUGGCGUAGAUCCGGCCGUGCGAGACUUCCCCCGGGACAAACUCACGUUCAAAGAGAAACUGGGAGAGGGACAAUUUGGCGAAGUCCACUUGUGUGAAGCAGAAGGCAUGCGUUCCUUUUUAGACGACGACUCAUCUGGAGAAGGGACAACGAACCAAGGAUCUCUGCUAGUAGCUGUUAAAACGCUGCGUGAAGAUGCCAACAAGAAUGCAAGGAACGAUUUCCUGGAGGAGAUCCGAAUCAUGUCUCGCCUGAGGGACCCCAACAUCGUGCGUCUGCUGGCCGUAUGCGUGGACACGGACCCUCUGUGGAUGAUCGCCGAGUACAUGGAGAACGGAGACCUCAACCAGUUCCUCUGCCAUCUCAGACUCAAGGAACUGGAUGAGGACCGUGAGGAAGAGGAGAGGCGGACCAUCGGCUACAGCAAACUGAUAGACAUGGCGGCGCAGAUCGCCUCUGGGAUGAAGUACUUGUCAUCGCUGAACUUCGUCCAUCGUGACCUGGCCACACGGAACUGCUUGGUGGGGAAGAACUACACCGUAAAGAUCGCCGAUUUCGGCAUGAGUCGCAACCUGUACCGCGGGGACUACUAUCGGAUCCAGGGCCGAGCUGUCCUGCCAAUCCGCUGGAUGUCUUGGGAAAGCAUUCUGCUGGGUAAGUUCACCAUGGCCAGUGACGUGUGGGCCUACGGGGUGACUUUGUGGGAGAUCUUGACUCUUUGCAAGAAGCAGCCUUACUCCCACCUGUCUGACGAGCAGGUCAUUGAAAACACAGGCGAGUUUUUCCGGGACCAGGGCAAACAGGUCUACCUGCCUCAGCCGCCGUGUUGUCCCGACGGCUUGUACAACGAGCUGAUGCUGAGCUGCUGGAGGAGAAACGCCAAACAGAGGCUGAGCUUUCAGGAGCUCCACGCUCAGUUGACGGAGGGCCGGCCGUAGCGGACGGGACGCACGAUUCGGGUCUGCCGAGGUUAGGAAUUGUUCUGUACAAAACGAGGAGUCGCAAUGGAACCCUGCAAAUGUUAUCCAGUUGUUUUAAACUAGUUUGUGACAAAGGGGCUGUACAUACAGUAAUAAAUGUGCCGAGUGCAACAGCACGUAG